GAUAGGAUUGGAGGCUAAUAAAAACUGUCAACUUCCUGUUUGAAACUGAGCGAGAAUUAAAACAGUCUUUGAUUCAUUAUGUCUGAGUGAUGGGUAAAACAAAAGCUUCCCAACUUGGACCACCUCCGAGGUGGUUAGAUUGUCCUAGAAAGGGACAGAUCAUCAUCGAGAAAUUUUUACCAUUCAAGACACCCCUUGAUAGCCGCUAUGACGAUGAUGUGCCAGAAGAAUGUAGAUUUAAUAUUGAUAUGUUGUUGGAGUCCUUAAAAGUUAGCAAGAAGAAACUUGGCUUAUUGGUUGAUCUGACAAAUACUACACGAUUUUAUGACAGUAAAGUGGUUGAAGAGAAGGGAUGUAGAUAUGUUAAAAUGCAGUGCAGGGGACAUGGAGAAACCCCAUCCAGAGAACAAACUGAGGCCUUUAUACAGCUGUGUGCAAGAUUUAUCAACCAGAAACCUCUGGAAAUUAUAGGAGUGCAUUGUACACAUGGUUUUAACAGAACAGGAUUUCUUAUCAUAUCAUAUAUCAUAGAACAGCUGGAUUGGAGUGUUGAAGCUGCAGUGCAGUUAUAUGCUCAGGCACGACCACCAGGUAUAUACAAACAGGAUUAUUUGCAAGAGUUAUUUCUACGCUAUGGUGAUAUAGACGACACACCUGCUGCCCCUCCAUUACCUGGCUGGUGUGAUGAGUCAGAAGAUGGUAUAGAUGAUGAUGGGAAUAUGAUAGCUGAAGACGGGUCAGAUCAGAAUGGGAAGCGAAAAAGAUUUAAGAAAGAGGUUGUGAAAAAGAAUGCAAAGUUUGUUGAUGGUGUUACAAGUGUGAAGCAGGUGACAGAGCAACCUAGAUUGGGAAAUGUUCAACGAAAAGCUCAGGAGAUGUGUGAAUGGAAAGGGUCAGGUUUUCCAGGAUCUCAGCCGGUUUCUAUGGAUAUUGCAAACCUUGACUACCUACGGAAAAAACAAUACAAAUGUAGCUGGAAAGCUGAUGGCACCAGGUUUCUAAUGCUGAUAGAUGGAAAAGAUCAUGUGUAUAUGUUAGACAGAGAUAAUACAGUAUUCCAUGUGCCUAACUUACAGUUUCCUCGUAGAAAAGAUCUGAAUGCACAUAUAGCAGACACUUUACUAGAUGGAGAAAUGAUUCUUGAUACAGUUAAUGGGAAAAAUGUUCCUAGAUUCCUUGUAUAUGAUAUUGUCAGAUUUGAGGGUCAAGAAGUUGGGAAAACUGAUUUCAAUACCAGGAUGCUGUGUAUAAAUAAAGAAAUAGUGGGUGCUAGAAAUUCUAAGAUUCAACAAGGUUUGCUGGAUAAAACCAAGGAACCAUUUAGUGUGCGGGUAAAACCAUUCUGGGACAUUGUUACUGCAAGAAAGAUAUUAGAUGGAGAUUUUGCUAGUCAAGUCAGCCAUGAAGUUGAUGGUUUAAUAUUUCAACCUGUUCCUGAUCCAUAUCACCCUGGUCGAUGUAAAGAUGUAUUAAAAUGGAAACCACCAGAAUUGAAUUCUGUUGACUUCAAGUUAAUGAUUACAUUGGAUGCAGGUGGGGAAGGUAUGCUAAGAACUAAGAGAGCAUAUUUAUAUGUAACAGGGCUGGAUAAACCAUUUUCAGAAAUGAAGUUCUCAAAAGAUUUGAAAGAAUUGGAUAAGAAGAUUAUUGAGUGUUGCUUUGAUCCUUCGAUUAAUAGCUGGAAGUUCAUGAGAGUGAGGACAGAUAAAUCGUUCCCCAACCAUUAUUCAACUGCUGUUGGUAAGUGACAUAUAAGUUGUUCCCCAAC